AUGGGCUUUGGUGCUGGCACGGCUGGGAACAGCUGAUUGUUAUCGGUCUGCGUCCACCACCAGCAGAAUUACACUUGCAAUUUGUUUAUUAUUGUUUACCUGGACUUUUAUCACUGACAAGCGAAAUGGCCAGCCACGACAUCAAGCUGGAGGUCUGCGUGGACUCCAUUCGAUCUGCUUUUGCCGCCGAAGCUGGCGGCGCUGCGCGGAUUGAGCUCUGCUCGGCCCUGGGCGAAGGCGGCUUGACCCCCAGUGUGGGCACUCUGAAAACCCUGAAGGAAACCCUCACCCUGCCCAUUUACUGCAUGCUGAGACCCCGACGGGGCACGGACUUUGUCUACAGCGACGAGGAAAUGUGCGCCGUGCUGACGGACAUGGAUCUGCUGCGGGAGAAUGGCGCCGAUGGCUUUGUUUUCGGUUCCCUGAAUCCGGAUCGCAGUAUCAAUGUGGACCAGUGCCGGCAGGUGAUGCUGGAGUCGGGAGGCCUGCCGGUAACCUUUCACCGCGCCUUCGACCUCACCGACCAGAAGAGCAUGGACGAGAACGUUGAGCUGCUAAGGGAACUGGGCUUCAAGCGGCUGUUAACCAGCGGUUUCCGUCCCUCGGCCGCCGAUGGUCUGGAUUGCCUGGCGCAGCUGAUAGCCAAGCACCACAGGGACUUCAUUGUGAUGCCCGGCGCUGGCAUCAAGGUGUCCAACUUGGAGGAGAUCCUCACGGUCAGUCGCUGCCUGGAGUUUCACGCCUCCGCCCAGGACACGGCCGGCGAGGACUAUGUGGCGCCCACCACCACGCGCAUGGAGUGCGACGUGACCAUGGGCAAACAGGACGUGGACCCGUACUUCGGAACGAAUGCCAACGUGGUGCGCAAGAUGGUCACCAUCGCGAAUGCCAUGAGCUGCCGCUGAAGAUUUCCAAAUAGUUCUUAGCCUAACCCUAAGCCCAACUUUUAUUCCUCGACUAUCUGUGAACUCCAGUUUCGUCUAUAUAAUUUGUAUAUAGCCAGUAGCUGUUGUUACUACUUAAGUAGUCUUAUCCCUAAAAUUCUAAAUCUUAAAAAUAAUUGAAACAAAGAUUAUUCGGUAGAAAUUGCACUCCGACGGCAUGAUUGUGGAAACAAUACAGAGCCCAUCUGCUUUGAGGCUACAUUACUUUAAUCAUCACUUGGCCAAUGUGGAAAAUAUAUUGCGCAGAAUAGAAACCUACAGUCUUGAGCUAAAUAACCAUAUUUGUGGCACAAAGAAGCUGGUGGCCACCAAUCAAAAUUUAAUUGCACGUCUCAAGAAAAAUGAUCAAACUAUGAAGACGCUACUGGAGGAUAAAGAUCAAGAAAAGCAAGUGGGACGAAAAAAUCUUUCGGAUAAAAGGCAGUGUCAUCUUCGUAAGACCUGCAAGGUGACCAACAUUCGGGAGAUAUGUUGGACGCAAUGCAAGUCUCACAACACGACACAGAAAGAAGAAAAAACCCAGGACUGGGCGGAAAUACGCAGGAAAUCCCAUACUUUGCUCAGCUCUCUCAAGAAAGAUUUUGAACGGCAGAAAGGUGGCCAGGAGCUUAGGGACGAAACAAUACCAAUGUUCGAUCGAAACGAGGAGAUCAUUUUUAAAGGUAUGUGGGAAUGAUAGCUUCAGAUAUAUCUACUUCACAAUAUAAGUAUCUUUAAAGUAAAAUGCAUCUUCAAGUUGGUCGAAAAGCUGGACUUUAAAACAGCAAGAAUUGCAGAUGUGAAAGCAGUUUGCAGACGAGUGCUAAGUGGAAUGUUUACGCGUCAGAAACCCUGUUGUCAGCAUAAAGUUGUUAAGUCCCAUAUUACACUUAUUUACCCCGAAAAUCCCUACUUGUCUACCUAAAUAUAAUAUUUAAAGUACCAUACCUAAAAAAAAAUUU